UUGGAGACUUCGUCAAGUAGCGUACACAGCCUGCUGGAUACCCGCAACGGAAAGGACUUCCUUAAAUGCACUGAAGAACGGCUGAAGAGGAGGUUAUUUGGCGUAACCGGUAACUGUGCCGCGUGCAGCAAACUAAUUCCUGCCUUCGAAAUGGUAAUGCGAGCAAAGGAUAAUGUGUACCACCUGGACUGUUUUGCCUGUCAGCUUUGUAAUCAAAGGUUUUGUGUGGGAGACAAAUUUUUCCUAAAGAACAACAUGAUUCUCUGCCAGACAGACUACGAGGAAGGUUUGUUAAAGGAAGGCUACGCGCCCCAGGUCCGCUGAACUACCACCGGUCGCCAUUACAAGAAAAUCAAAAGCACUACGUUCUUUUAUCUUUUUUGCUCAACGUGUAAAUAAGAAUUGACACAAGAAUCUACUGAAUAGUUGAAUUCUAGGGAGGCUUGAAGUCUCUGGGGAUAAAGAAGGACUUGUUAUGUGGUUCUUGCGUUGCUCCAGCACGGCCCUGUACAACGCGCUGAACGUUAUGUUUCGUUUGCCUGCUCAUAUUGUGUCAUUGGCAUGGGAUGUACAUAAUGUAUUGUAAAAGCACAAACGUAAUACAGUUUUAUUGUGUUACUCUUUGUGUGCUGACCCGCUUCUUUGUAUUGUUGCAAUUAGUACAAUCGGUGUGUAAACAUGUAUAUUUAUGCUUUUAUGUCAUUUUCAGCUAUUUUAAAUAAGCUGUAACUUUUUAUUAAAAAAAAAGAAGAAGAAUUAAAGAGCAAAGAUUAUACAAAC